AUGGAAGACGAUGGCAUGUUGAUGAACUUCUCCGUUCCCGUGGCUGGAACGGAACGGAAGCAAGAGAAGGUGACUGGAGGAAAGUGGAGAGAUCGUAGAAAGUUGCAGCUUUCGAUGCAGGGCCGUUCCCCAGUUCCUUCCACCAGUGUGAACUCCAGUGUGAUUGAAAAACCAAGAUUAUCCAAAGAAGCCAAGGAUUCCAAGAGUAAUACCACCAAGAGACCAGCCGUUCCUUCGUUUGGACCAUCGGCCAAAAAGAUAAAGUUCGCUGAGAAGGGAGGAGAGUUUGGAGGAAAUGGAUCAUCAUAUGUUUCAUCCUUGUUCACGUCUAACACUGCCAACACCUUGGAAAUUUCCUCUGACAACACCACUCACCAACCUUCCAAUGCUCCUUUGGAUACUUCCAAGUUCGAUGGUUUGGGAAUCAACGAGAAGUUGGCUUCCCACCUUACUGAGACCUUACGGUUCAAGCAUCCUACUAAGGUGCAACGUACAGUAAUCCCCAGCAUGCUCAACUCACAAACAGACUUGUUCUUCAAGGCCCAAACAGGUUCAGGUAAAACGUUGUCGUUCUUGGUUCCAAUUUUCCACAAGUUGAUGGAGGAGAGAAUCAGUAGAGACUCGGGAUUGUUUGCGGUGAUCUUGACCCCAACUAGAGAACUCGCCAACCAAAUCUAUGGGGUCAUGGAGACCUUGACCAGAUGUUGUCACCAUAUCGUUCCAGGAAUCGUUAUUGGUGGAGAAAAGAAGAAAUCAGAAAAGGCCAGACUCCGUAAGGGUGUCAACAUCUUGGUGGCCACACCUGGAAGAUUGGCCGACCAUAUCGAAAAUACUGAGUCCUUGAAGAUUGGGCAACUAAGAUGGGUAAUUCUUGACGAAGGUGACAAGUUAAUAGAGUUGGGAUUCGAAGAGACCAUCACCAAAAUCACCGACAAAAUCACCGAGAAGUCAGAGAUCUGGAAAACUACUACUCAGUAUAAGGGCUUGCCAAAGGAAAGAGUCAAUGUGUUGUGUUCUGCAACCAUGCAAGACGGCGUCCAAAAAUUGGGGAGUAUUGUUUUAAAUAACCCAAAGAUGGUAGAAGACAAAGAGCAAGUUGGCACAACUUCUUUUGAGACUGCCACUUCAGAGGAAAAUAUGACCGCUCCAGAUCAGUUGAUCCAGUCGGUGGCAGUGGUUCCCCCAAAGUUGAGAUUGGUUGCUUUGUGCGGUCUCUUGAAGAGGGUUGCCAACAACAAGACCAUCGUCUUUUUUUCAUGUUCCGAUUCUGUCAAUUUCCAUUUCCAGGUUUUUACCAGAGACGGUAAGAAGUUCAAAAAAGUCAAGAAUGAAGAUGGAACGAUCGAAGUCAAAGAAGCCUAUUUAGAUGAUGACGAAGACGAGGAAGAGAUCGGUGUGAUGACUGCUCCAACGUUAGGCCCCGGGUCUACUGUAUUCAAGCUCCAUGGUUCAAUGACUCAACAAGCACGUACUAGCACAUUGCAGUCCUUCAUUAAGGAUGCAUCCAACCAUUCUAUUUUGUUCUGUACCGAUGUGGCCUCUCGUGGUUUGGAUUUGCCAAACAUCUCGAACGUCAUUGAGUACGAUCCUCCAUUCACUGUCGACGACCAUUUGCACAGAAUCGGUAGAUCUGCAAGAGUGGGUAAUGAGGGUAACGCCACCUUGUUCUUGCUUCCUGGUAAUGAAGAAAGUUACGUUGAUGGAAAAUUGAAGGUGGUUCAUCCAAAGAAAGGAAGUUUGAGAAUUAUUGGAUACGAAGAUAUAUUGAGAGAUGGGUUUGCUGAGGUUCUGGAACAAGAAGCCCCUGUGAAGAAGAGCAAUGACCCAAAGAGAAAAGAAGGUAAGUGGGAUAUUCAUGCCACCACUUGGCAUCUCGAGGUCGAGAGAUGGUUAUUGGAAGACUCCACCAUGCACGACAGAGCUGUUCAAGCGUUCACUUCUCAUAUCAGAGCUUAUGCUACCCACUUGUCUUCAGAAAGAAGUUUCUUUAACGUCAAGUUGUUGCAUUUGGGACAUUUGGCCAAAAGUUUUGGUUUGAGAGAAACUCCAAAGAAAUUGGGUAAGAGUAUUGGAACUACCCAGAACGAGGGAAAGAAAGCAAAGAAGGAAGACCCAAGAAAGAAGAUGUUGAGAAUGGCCAAGAUGGCCGUGAAGUCCAAUCUGAGUGAAUUCAAUUAUUAGCAUCAUAGUAUUUAGUUAUGUAUAUUAGGGCAGUCUGCGUAGCAUGCUACUGCAACUAGCUAGCUUAGUUAACGAAUAGUCGCAAAUUAUCAUCAAGAAUUAAUUUCAAAUUUCAUCAGUAUGUUAUAAUGCUCUCUAUUGUCUCUCCUCGUGGGACUUUCUGUACCCCUCUAUUUGCCAUAAACCAUGGUUUUCUCCCAACAAGAACCCUAUGUUUUUCUUCUGGUAGUAAUCUCCCG